UCGGCUCUGGGCGGGCGCCAUUUUGUCUCUUCCCUCGCGUCGGCGGUUGAGGGAGGUUGAGGCAGCCGCGAGAGUCGCCCUGCGAAGCGGGAACCCACCUCGGGCGGAGCAAUGCGGUAUUCGAAACAAAUUACCUAUCCCGACUGGGAUGAAGAACACUGUCGGAAUCACAAAACAGACAGUAGGCACCAUCGGAGAAAACGUCAGUCCCACAGUAGUGCACAUGAGAGCAAGCGCCGCAAAUAUAAUCACACCCAAACUUACAACAGUCUUUAUUCAGAUGCCAUUUCCUUCCAUGAAAAUGAACAAGAUCAUCACGAACGGCGCUAUGUUGAAGAAUACAGAGUCAACUGCAGUCAGCUGUCUGAAACAAGGCAUCCUUGCAGAGACCAUGAGAAUGGCUGUUACAACAACAGUAGCAAAUCAUCUGGUCACAGUGUCCAAAGCAGUUACAAAAGAAAACACAAGACCCAUCAUAGCAAAUCAGAUCAUAAUUCACACACGAGGAGUCACCGAAGGAAAAGAUCGAGGAGUGUAGAGGAUGAUGAGGAGGGUCACCUGAUCUGUCAGAGUGGAGACGUACUAAGUGCAAGAUAUGAAAUCGUCACUACUCUGGGUGAAGGUGCUUUUGGAAAAGUUGUUGAGUGCAUAGAUCAGAAAAUGGGAGGUAGACGAGUAGCAGUAAAAAUAGUAAAAAAUGUUGAUAGGUACUCUGAAGCCGCUCGUUCAGAAGUACAAGUGCUGGAACACUUGAAAGCAUCAGAUCCGUACAGUAAAUUCCGCUGUGUCCAGAUGUUGGAAUGGUUUGAACAUCAUGGCCACGUCUGCAUUGUUUUUGAACUGCUGGGACUUAGCACUUACGACUUCAUUAAAGAGAAUGGCUUUCUGCCCUUCAGUAUUGACCACAUUAGACAGAUGGCCUAUCAGAUUUGCAGAUCUGUAAACUUUUUACAUUCCAACAAACUUACUCACACGGAUCUGAAACCUGAGAACAUACUGUUUGUGAAGUCUGACUAUACAGAACGGUAUAAUCAUAAACUGAAACGUGAUGAGCGCACACCAAAAAAUCCAGACAUCAAAGUUGUGGAUUUUGGAAGUGCAACUUAUGACGACGAACAUCAUAGUACUCUUGUGUCUACGAGGCACUACAGAGCUCCUGAAGUAAUUUUGGCUUUGGGAUGGUCCCAGCCAUGUGACGUGUGGAGUAUUGGUUGCAUUCUCAUUGAAUAUUACCUUGGAUUCACAAUAUUUCCGACACAUGACAGUAAGGAACAUCUGGCAAUGAUGGAGAAGAUACUGGGACCAUUACCAAUUCACAUGAUUCAGAAAACUAGGAAACGCAGGUACUUCCACCAGGACCAGUUGGAUUGGGAUGAGCACAGCUCUGCAGGCAGAUACGUUUCGAGGCGCUGCAAACCCCUGAAGGAAUUCAUGCAGUGCCAUGAUUCCGAUCACGAACACCUGUUUGAUCUCAUACAAAGGAUGUUGAAGUACGAUCCUGCUGAUCGGAUCACCCUUUCAGAAGCUCUGAAGCAUCCUUUCUUUUCCUCGUUAAGAGAUGUAAAAUAGAGUUCUGCAGAAGUUGUUAAAGACUGUCGGUCAUUGCAAAUAUGAUUUAAAUAUAUUUUGUACAUUAGCUGUAAAUGUGUUUUGUAUUGUUUUGUUUGAACCCAUCUUGAAAUAAAAACAGUUUAACAUA